CAUCUGUGUUUGACCACAUUGUUCUCUGUUUGUGGCAACCCACUGUGGGAUUUCCCCACACAGUGGGGAAGAUGCUAUAAAAGAAAUACAAACAAAAAUUCCCUUCUUUGCAGCUGGUUGUUAGUGUGGGCAGUAGCAACACAAUUUGUCAGUCUGGAAAAAGAGAGAGUUGAAAUCAAGCGGGUGCACUUUAAAAAGGUCUAGAGAGAGAGUAUCCACCCAGAGUUCUUCUUCUUUCAGCUUUAUCAUCGUCCAUCAUGUCUGUCAGACAUACAGUCAUGUUGGUGGUGGCAGUGGUCCUCUACCCGACAGGCCUCAUUCACACCUUCCAACCACUCUUCUCAUUUGAUGGGAAUUCCACCACUCACCGUGACAUCACCCAAAGGGCGGUCCUCAGAAAGACAGCUGAGGUCUGCCGAGACAUUGCUGCCUCUGAGGGACGGGACUUCAGCCUGACUAUUGAUAACAGCCUGUCAGUUGACAAGGUGCAAAGGGCCUGUUCCUCUACAGGUACCUCCACCUCUCUCCUCUCAACCGUCAUGUUCCAAACUUCUAUUGCGAAUAUGUACCUCAGCAACGCAAAAGUGGAUGUGGUUUUUGCACUGAGUGAGGAGCAUCAUUUUGAUGAUGAGACAUUCCAGGGGGGACGAGAUGUCAUCACAGCAGGCGUAUCUGCUGUGAAGGCCAGUGUGAAGCUGGAGAACUUUGUCGCAGGAAGGUGGACUCUUGGACGGGUCUGUCAUACCCUACAGGACUUCUACAGCCACAGUAACUGGGUGGAGCUGGGGAACAAUGCUCCUUACAGUACUCUGAUCAGACCAGACCAACCCCUUGAAAACCUGGCAGGCCCAAGUGUUCCAACCUGUAGAAACUGUACAGGAGGGAAUUGUGCAGACAACCUUCUGCCUGACCUGCUGCAGCAGGGACUUCUCACUUCAGGCUACUUCAACAUCUUCUCCUCAGCAAAACCCGCAGGUAAAUGUAGCCAUGGUGGAUCAUUUGACCGGACAAGCAAACAGGACCCCGUGGGGGGCAUCAAUAAGGAUGCCGUUGGGUCCAGUCAUGGCUCACUUCAUCAUAAGGCAGCUGAUUUGGCUAUUAAUGCCACCAUGGAGCUGCUGGAGGACGUCAGAGUAGCUGUUGGGGACAAGAACUUCCUGCGAUUGAUGGGCCUCUCCCAGUCCUCUGUGCUGUGCUUUGUCAUUGACACCACAGGAAGCAUGAGUGACGACAUAGCUGAGGCGAAGAGAGUUUCCUUUGACAUCAUUGAUCGUAAGAGAGGAACACCACAAGAGCCCUCUGCCUACAUACUGGUGCCUUUCAAUGACCCAGGUUUUGGACCUUUGAUUGUGACGACCGACGCAGACAUCUUCAAAGACAACAUCAACAAGUUGUCUGCAAGUGGAGGAGGAGACAUCCCAGAGUUGUGCUUGUCUGGACUGCAGCUUGCCCUGACUGCUGCUCCACCUUCCUCUGAGAUCUUUGUCUUCACUGACGCUCCAGCUAAAGACGCUCAUCUGAAAAGCACUGUCACUGCUCUUAUAGAGAGCACCAAGUCUGUGGUAACCUUCAUGUUGACAGAUGUCCUGGCCAGUCGACGGCGCCGUAGCAGCCCUCAGGGGAUGACUCCACGCUCAAUGAGCCAAUCAGAUGCCCAGCUGUACCGUGAUCUAGCACGAGCCUCUGGAGGUCAGGCCAUUGAGGUCACCAAGUCAGACCUCUCUCUGGCUACAAGUGUAAUAGAGGAUUCGUCAGCCAGUGCUGUGGUGACAGUUUUUCAGGUUGUGAGGAAUCCAGGAAGACCUGAUAAUUUCACGUUUACUGUUGAUGGGUCUUUAAGGAACAUGACAGCUUACAUCACAGGAACCUCAUCUCUCAGCUUCAAUCUCACCAGCUCCACAGGUAUAUCUCAGAGUUCCAGUCAGUCCAGUGGUCCCUUGGCAUCCUUCACCACAGCAGGAAACCUACGUCGGUUAAGCCUCAAUACUGACAACCAAACGGGAUCAUGGGAAGUCAGUGUGGAUUCCAAUAAUCCCUACUCUGUUAAGGUCACAGGUCAAAGUUCAGUGAACUUCAUUUUUAAUCUUGUGGAGGCUCAUGAGGGAGCCCAUGGUGAUUUCAGUCUGAAGGAGGGGCGUCCUCUUUCAGGGGGUAAUGCCAGCCUCUUGGUCACUGUGACAGGAAGUGACACAGUAAAGGUCACAGAGGUCACUCUGUUUGACAGCUCAGGGCCAACAGAGGUCAACGGAUCACUGCAGUCAUUAGGAAGUGGUAACUUCCUGGUGACGUUCACUGGAGUCCCAGCAGGUGACUUUGUAGUUCGCCUGAAAGGAGAGGACAGCAGCUCCACCUCCAGAACGACACCGAGCAGCUUUCAGAGACAAGCCUCCACGCAGAUCAAGACCUCAAGCAUCUCCAUUACUGCUCAAGUCAACAACACCAACUUAGAACCAGGCUCCAGCAUCUCCAUCCCUUUCACAGUCUCCUCAACCACCAACGGAGUUGUCAAUGACUCUGCAACUGGGUCAUUCACAGUGCGAGCCAACAAUGACCGCAGCUAUACUUCAACUUCACCCAGCACCAUCUCCAUAGCAGCAGGAAGUGGAGGCAAAGCUAACGGCACUGUGACCCUGACAGUACCAGCCAGCGCAGCAUCAGGAACAGAUGUGACUCUUACCAUUGAGGCAGAAAAUGCAGCUGCCACUGACAUCAACUACGCUGUCCUCAGGUUUUCAGUGACCGCCAAGGUGACAGAUGUUACCCGCCCGACAUGCCAGGAUGCAGCUUCGUCAACCAGCUGUCCAUCCUCUUCAUCUCUCUGUGCUUCGUCUCAGUGGAAGUUCACCGCUAAUCUCACUGACGGAGUCAAUGGGACUGGCAUUGAGAGCGUCACCAUCCGCCAAGGGAACGGUACCCUCAACACCAGUACAGUUGUUGGAGCAGGGGGCGAGAACAUUACAGUGGCUACCUACAGCGCCUCCUGCUGUUCACAGACUGUGGAGCUGGCUGCUGUGGACAAAGUAGGAAAUGUGGGGACAUGUGUGGGACAGGCUAGACAAUCUACCACGGCUGCUCCUGUGACUACAACUGCAGGCAACACAACAUCCACUGGAGGGCACACUUUGAAUAUAUCAUACUGUUUCUGGAUCAGUGUUGCAGUUUCUCUCCUUUGGAAGUAAAAGGGAUAAAUGGAAAUUACACAGUAAAUGUGGAAUUGUAGCAGGUGAAUGUCAAGUAUUUUAUAUAUUCUAUCAGGUGUGUUUAAAUUUAAUUCCUGUCUCAUUAAUAUAUUGCUUGGUGUGUGAAUAAUUCUGUUUUGUUGAUUUAAUCUUUUUUUCUAAUUUUAUUUAGCUGCUCUGUGUUUUGGAUAUAGUAGUUAUAUUUCCUCUAGUGUAUAUCUUGGUGGCAAAUUUGUGAAACACUGUUGUAUUGAAGGAAUAUUCACUUUAAAGAGAAGUAUGUGUUUUGAUGGUUAUGAGCAAUAAAUUGAACAUCCUUACAGAAACCUGAACUUGAUAUCACAC